GCAGUUAUGGCUGAAGGAGUUGUGUCCUUUGGAGUUCAGAAGCUUUGGGAGCUCCUGAGUCAAGAAUCUGAGCGAUUGCAGGGAGUUGAUGAGCAAGUUGAUGAACUAAGAUGUGAGUUGGGAAGGUUACAGUCAUUGUUGAAAGAUGCAAAUGCCAAGAAGCAUGAUAGUGAAAGGGUGAGAAACUUCUUGGAAGAUAUCAAGGAAAUUGUUUAUGAUGCUGAGGAUAUAAUCGAAGCCUUUCUUCUGAAUGAAUUUAGAGGAAAAGAAAAAGGAAUAAAGAAGCAUGUGAAUAGACUUGCUUGCUUCUUAGUGAAUCACCGGAAAUUUGCUUCAGAUAUCGAAGACAUAACUAAGAGAAUCUCUGGGGUGAUUGGGGGAAUGCAAAGUUUAGGGAUACAACAGAUUAUUGAUGGUUGUUCAUUAUCUCUGCAAGACAGACAAAGGGAGCAAAAGGAGAUCCGACAAACGUUUUCUAGCAAUUCUGAAAGCUAUCUUUUGGGAGUGGAGCAGAGUGUUGAAGAAUUGGUUGGUCAUUUGGUUCAGAAUGAUAACAUUCACGUGGUUUCUAUAUCUGGGAUGGGCGGUAUUGGUAAAACCACUCUAGCUAGACAAGUUUUUCAUCAUGAUGUUGUCCGGCGUCAUUUUGAUGGUUUCGCGUGGGUCUGUGUUUCACAACAGUUUACACAGAAGCUUGUUUGGCAAAGGAUCUUGCAAGAACUUCGACCACAUGAUGGGGAUAUUAAAGAGAUUGACGAAUGCACACUACAAGGUAAACUCUUUCAAUUGUUGGAAACUGGUAAAUAUUUGGUUGUCCUCGAUGAUGUUUGGAAAGAAGAAGACUGGGACCGAAUCAAAGCAGUGUUUUCGUGGAAAAGGGGUUGGAAGAUACUACUCACUUCUCGUAAUGAAGGUGUUGGGUUACAUGCUGAUCCAACAUGUUUUACCUUUAGACCAAGAAUCCUUACUCCCGAACUAAGUUGGAAGCUAUGUGAGAAGAUAAUGUUCCCUAGGAGAGACGAGAUUGAAUUCAGGGUUGAUGAAGAAAUGGAAGCCAUGGGUAAGAAAAUGGUCACAUAUUGUGGAGGACUACCGUUAGCUGUUAAAGUGCUAGGAGGCUUAUUAGCUAGAAAACAUACAGUUCCCGAGUGGAAAAGAGUAUAUGACAAUAUUGUACCUCAGAUCGUAGGAGGAUCUAGCUUAGACAACAACAAUCUCAAUUCGGUAUACCGGGUAUUGUCACUGAGCUAUGAGGAUUUGCCAAUGCAUUUAAAGCAUUGCUUCCUUUACCUAGCCCAAUGCCCUGAAGAUUACGAGAUGGAUGUGGAGAAAUUGUUUAAUUACUGGGCUGCGGAAGGAAUAUUAACACACUAUGGAUCAACCAUCCGAGAUAGUGGAGAAGACUACCUAGAGGAGCUAGUGAGGAGAAAUAUGGUUAUUGCUGAAGUAAGCUAUUUGACUACGAGAAUAAGUUAUUGUCAAAUGCAUGACAUGAUGAGAGAAAUAUGUUUAUCUAAAGCCAAAGAAGAGAAUUUCCUACAAAUCAUUAAAGUCCCUAUAUCCACCACAACCACCAAUGCCCAAUCUCCUUAUAGAUCUCGCAGACUCGCGGUACAUGGUGGUAAUGCAUUUCAUAUGCUGGGAAAUAAAAGCAAUAAUAAAGUCAGAUCUCUUUUACUUUUUGGCAUAAGCUGGGAAGACUUUUGGAAACAGUCAACUCCAGGCUUCCAAGGUUUACCAUUGCUAAGAGUGUUGGAUCUUUCUUACGUCGAGUUUGAAGGAGGGAGGCUACCUUCCAGCAUUGGAGAGCUCAUCCACUUGAGAUUCUUGAGCUUAGUCUACGCUAAGGUAUCUCACCUACCUUCUUCUCUGCGGAAUCUAAAGCUUCUGCUCUAUUUGAACUUACAUGUUGCUGGGAAGUCAGUUCAUGUGCCAAAUGUUUUGAAAGGGAUGCACGAAUUGAGAUUCCUUUACUUACCUAGUUCAUUGCAUGAUAAUACAAAUUUGGAAUUGGGUAAUUUAGUGAACUUGGAGAGAUUGUGGUGUUUCUCAACGACUAAGCUCAGGGAUCUCUAUCUACGUUUCACUGGCGGGUGUGCUUCUGGAACUUUGUCGUCAUCUCUCCGUGAAUUGAGGGACCUUGAGUUUCUUAUUUUAGAUGAUUCGCAAGAAACUCGUGUGACUUAUCAAUGGGGAAAAUUCGUUCUGGACUUUAUUCAACUAAAGGAUUUAAUGUUGGCGAUGCAUAUGCCAAGGUUUCCUGACAUAUAUCGACUGCCUCCCAACCUUGCACACAUGUGGCUAACUGCUUGCAGCUUGGAGGAGGAUCCAAUGCCGAUUUUGGAGAAGUUGCUUCAUUUGAAAUCGGUUGUAUUUAGAAAAGGUGCUUUUGUUGGGAGGAGAAUGGUGUGCUCAAAAGGGGGAUUUCCUAAAUUAUGUGCUCUACAACUAAGUGGACAAAAGGAGUUGGAAGAGUGGAGAGUAGAAAAAGGGGCGAUGGCAUGUCUGGGUACUCUAACUAUUGAUGAUUGCAAAAAGUUAAAAGAGCUUCCGUGUGGGUUCAGAUACAUAACUUCCUUCAAGGAACUGACAAUUUCUGGUAUGAAGGAGUGGACGGAGAAAUUGGUACCAGGUGGAGAAGAUUACUACAAAGUCCAACACAUUCCUAGUGUUCAAUUUAUUGACUCUGGUGAAGAAUAAACCGAGGCAUGCAAAAAAAGUUUGGUAUUGUGUCUAGUUUACUUGCUGUUGCUGAUUUUGCAUCCUAAUGUGAGUGUAAGUCACGUGGACAGACUCAACUAAACUAUACAUUGUUCUAACUUUCUUUUUACGUUUUAAAGUGAGGUUAUCCAGAAGAAUCAUUACCUACUAUCGAUUGCGAGUGAUGUU